GAAGUGACUAAACAGACAUAAUUGUUUUCAUUUGUUUAAGAAAUAGGAGUCUCCCAAAGAGAACUGUUUGCGAUUCCCUUUGUAGGAGGGGCUACAGAACUAUAUAAUCUCAAGGCAAAGCUGCUGAGAGCUCAGAGUGAGCUCUACUGUGUACAAGCUUAUUUUAUUCCAGACAGUAGGAGAUCAGUGGAAGCAUGUCUGGGAAGCCCAAGCUGCACUACAUCAAUGGACGAGGCCGAAUGGAAUCAAUACGGUGGCUACUAGCCGCAGCUGGGGUUGAGUUUGAAGAAUGUUUUCUGGAAACAAAGGAUGAUCUGACAAAGUUACAGAAGGAUGGAUCCCUGCUGUUUCAGCAAGUGCCAAUGGUGGAGAUUGAUGGAAUGAAGAUGGUGCAGUCAAGAGCCAUUGGCAACUACAUAGCAGCAAAGUACAACCUCUAUGGGAAGGACCUGAAGGAGAGAGCCCUAAUUGAUAUGUAUGUGGAAGCAAUAAUAGAUUUGAAUGAGUUACUGAUGAUGUAUACUUUCCAGCCAGCGGAUAAAAAGCAACAACAUUUUGCUAAUCUUGUGGACAAGGCCACAAACAGAUACUUCCCAGUCUUCGAGAAGGUUUUGAAAGACCAUGAACAGGACUUUCUUGUGGGCAAUCAGUUUAGCAGGGCAGAUGUGCAGUUACUUGAAAGCCUUUUAAUGGCAGAAGAGUGCAAGCCUGAUAUCCUUGCCAAGUUUCCUCUCUUGCAGAGUUUUAAAGCAAGAAUAAGCAAUAUUCCCACAAUAAAGAAAUUCCUGCAGCCUGGCAGCCAAAGGAAACCACCACUACAAGAGAAAGAUUUACCAAAAAUAAUGAAAAUAUUCCACUGAGCGGCAACCUUAACCCACAGAAACUCUUAUUUCGUAGUCUUUGUGUUUGCUGAAAUGGUGAAAAUAAUGAAAAUGGUGAACUGGUUUGUGAUCUCUUUCCUUAACUACAAGACUGUUUUUAGCCCUCUGCAAAUACUUCCAAAUUAAAUCUACACAAGCAUAUCAGCAAAGGAAAUAGCUCACUGCACUGG